GUGAUAUAUCAGUACUAGUGAUUAUUAAUGUUAUUGCUAGGACCAAUCAUAAGCACCUAAGAAUCUGGUCUCUGGGGGAUAAGGCAGAACACGAGAUGGGGAGCACCAAUCUGGGUGCCAGUUUCCCCAGUUUUCAAAGGAAAGGGGUGAAGUACGUAGUGUCCAAGAUUCUUUCUGACAUUUAAUUAAUUACAUUUAAUGAUCCUGUAACUGUCUCCUCAUGGUCUGGAGGCAGCAGGACUUGAAGAAAUAGGAUACAGAUCCCUGGUGUCUCCAAGGUCCCCUUUGUCACAAGGGCCAGCAGUUAAAGCCUUGGUCAUUAGGGAUCACAGAAGGGACCUCAGAGGUUGUCUAGUGCAUACCCAAACAGGAUUCCACAGGGCUGCCUCCUGAAUUAGUGUUCAUCUAGCCCAGGGCUAUCCAAAGUGUGGCCCGCAGGCCAAAUACAGCCCAUAGUGCGAUUUUAUGGGGCCCACCUAUGUUUACUACAGGCGUGGCAAUUGACAUAAAUGCUUUAACUAAAGCAUUUGUGUUGAUUUCUGUGCUUGUGGUGGACACAAGCAGGCCGCAUGGGGGCGCAUGGCCCAUGUUUUAGACAGCCCUGAUCUAGCCCAUGAGGAAGACUUUUAGUGAUGAGAAACCCCAUUGCCUCCUGAAGGACUCCAUUCCAUAUUUUGAAAGUUCUGUUAUUAAAUCUUUGUUUACAUAAAGCCUCAAUCUGGUUUUUUGCAGCUUUUACCCACUGCUCUGAGGUCUGCCUUUUGGAGCCAAUCUCUCCUCCAUGACAGCCAUUCAGAUAGGUCCGCAGGAUGCCUGGCCUUGCUGCCAGAAAACUUUCUUUAGAGGGAAGGCGGCAGCUAGCUGUGGACCUGACCCGUGUUCUUCCCCUCUAUGGAUUCAUCCUGGAUGCCUACAUCAUUGAGUUCUUUACAGAUCGCUUGUGGGAGAAGCUCCCCAGCUCAUGGCAAGAAGUCCUAGAUGGGCUGACCCCACCCCAGAUUGCUACUAUGCUACUUGAGAUGCCUAGUGCUGGGGAAGAGAUCAGGUACAGAUCAGUGUGGCCACUGACCCUUCUGGCCCUGAAGGCUACUGCCCAUGCCCUGGCCUUUACCCGGACACCUGAGUCCCUGGGCCCAUCCGAGUUCCAGGAGAACCCCAGCCAGAGCUCCCGGCUGGCAGCCCAAUUCCGGAAACAUGUCAAGCCCAAGAAACAACAUGAGAUAAGGCGACUGGGAGAGCUGGUGAAGAAACUGAGUGAUCUUACAGGCUGCAACCAGGUGGUGGAUGUGGGCUCUGGCCAGGGUCAUCUCACCCGAUUCCUGGCCUUGGGGCUGGGGCUUUCUGUGACUGGCAUUGAAAAGGAUAGGAGACUGGUGGAGAGAGCCCAGCAUCUGGACCAGGAACUCCUUAGUAUCCUGAAGAAGGAAAAACAGAGGAGGCCAGAGAUCAUCUCAGCUGUCCCACACCGCCCCCCAAAUCAUGUUGUUAGCUGGGUCGACCCCACUGCCUUGUCUCAGGAGCUCCUAUCACCCCUGAAGUCAGAGUCAGCUCAGGCCCCUGCUCGACGCCUGCUCCUGACCGGCCUCCAUGCCUGUGGUGACCUAAGUGUGACUCUAUUGCAGCACUUUGCCUGCUGCCCAGAGGCAGUGGCCUUGGCAUCUGUGGGCUGCUGCUACAUGAAGCUCACCACCCCUGGGGGCUACCCCCUAAGCCACUGGGUUAGUGGGCUCCAGGACCACAGACUGCCCUACAAGUUCCGAGAGGGUGCCUGCCAUGCUCUGGAGGAGUACGCAGAGCGGCUUCGGGGAGCAGGCCCUACCCUCCGCACCCACUGCUACCGAGCUGCACUAGAGACAGUCAUCCGGGGUGCCCAACCAGGCCUCUGCAGACCUGGGGUGCAAAGCAUCCCAAGGGCCCAUGAGCUGCCCUUGGAAGAGUAUAUACGGCUAGGGCUGCAACGGGUGGGACUGGACCCUGGGCUGCCCCUGGACCUGGCCUCCCUGAAUGCCUGCAUGGCACAGGAACAUCGGGUGGUGGCGUUCUUCAGCCUGGCACUGCUGCUGGCACCACUGGUGGAGACAUUAAUACUACUGGAUCGGCUGCUUUUCCUCCAGGAGCAAGGUUGCCAUGCUGAACUCCUCCCUGUCUUCAGGCCUGAACUAUCUCCUCGAAAUUUGGUCUUGGUGGCCACUAAGACCCCAUUGGGCCCAGCACUUUCUGACCUGGAAAUAGAGGAAAGCUGAUAGUGUUACAGGAAGGGAGGCUUCAAGACUCUUUAAAACUUCCCAGUUCCCAAGGACAUAUGUGAGACCAUGCUAGAGAUGAGAGCCAUAUGGAUAAUCCCCUCUCACUUAGGGAACCACAUCUUUUUACCUUUGGCUUAUCCCUAACCAUAUAUAUGCUUCUUGGAACUCAGACUUUUUCUGUUAUUUAAAAAAUG